GUAUAUCUAGAGCUUUCUUGCCGUCGACAGCAUAACAAUAAUAAAAGCACAUUUCUAAUCCCUUAAGAACUACUGUCCUCAGUUCUUCUGCAAGCGCACUCUUAUAUAAGAAUACCAAAAAGAUCCAGACUCUGUUUCAACCACAAAAACGUAAGAUGAGGAUCUCAGUCGCUGUCUUUACUUCCGCCCUCGUCCUAGGCGUUCUCGCCGCACCUAUCGACAAGAUCGCUCCCGCUAGUACGAUCAACACCCUUAACGAUGACGUCGUUAACGCAACAGUCGUCGACCCUAGCUACAUAAAGAAGCGUGAAAAAUAUUUCGAGGGCGGUGGAGGAGGAAGAGGUGGUAGAGGAGGAGGAAGAGGCGGCGGCAAAGGGAAAGAUAAGUCCAAGGACCAUGGGACCAGGGGUGGCGGCGGCGGCGGCGGCGGCGGCGGUACGUCUAAGCCGCCGGACCCGAGUUGCGGACAUGAUAAAAAGGACUCAAUUGAUGUUGGCUGCUGAGCUGGAUAUCUGGAUUUGUAGACCUAAUUUAGGCUUCUUUCGUACUCCCUUGAAUAAGGCUAGUUUUGGAUGACAGAAGAAGUAGCUCCAAAGCAUUCUUCUCUAUUUAGUCGCUUACAAACCAACUAACGUA